AGCAUCGAAUCUCAAAACUCCCACAUUUCAUACUCUUAUCCUUACUUCUGUGCACCUAUCAAUUUAUUAACUAGACAACAUGGUCAAGUUUGCCACUAUCGUCGCUAUCGCAUGCGCGGGCUUCGCCGCGGCAGCACCUGUUGCUCACACUGCUGUCGAAUCCAACGCUGAAAAGCGCACCAACUCGUACAUCGGGUACGGUUCUGAAGGGGAAUAUGAAGCCGUCAAUGCCGAGAAGCGCACAAACUCAUACAUCGGCUAUGGGUCUGAAGGAGAGUAUGAGGCUGUCAACAACAAGAAGCGUACGAACUCGUACAUCGGUUAUGGUUCUGAGGGGGAAUACGAGGCGGUGAAUGAAAAGCGUACUAACUCCUAUAUUGGUUAUGGGUCUGAGGGAGAGUACGAAGCCGUGAACGAAAAGCACUAAGGAUAGGACAUAGAUAACUUUUGACAACGAUGUAUAGAAUUACAUCGUAGAACGCUCCCUACCUAGACAUAUGCAAACUAGCUAUGAGCGUUGAUAGGGGAUAGGGGCAUGUACAAAGGAAUGAUAAAGUCAUCCGCUCAAUUGUUUCUUUUUAGCGAUUACGCCAAUAUCAAGUGAAUGCUCAUCUAGUU